AUGGUUGAUAAGAAGGAUUCAAUGAGGAGCAAGUCCAGAAAAAAUGUAAAUCUGCAUGUGUGGACCCUUGUACUUGCCAUCUCUCACAUCAACAUGAAUGAACUAGGAUGCUUCCAUCCAUCAAAUAAAUAUCCAAGUACUUGGAUGGCAACAAUCUCUGAACCAUUUCCACAAGAUCUGCCUUUUACCUAUAAAGAAAUUCCAAUCCCCACCCACAAGUUCGAUAAGGAAAUUGAAUCUGCAAUAAAUCAAGCAGCAGUAGCAGCAGCAGAAAAUCUUGUGCAGUAUCAUCAGAAAGUUGACCAUAUUUUACACAUGGGAAACCUGGCACACAAUUUCACACAACCUGAAAAGCUCAUCCAAAAAAUGCAAUACACAAACAAGGAGAAAGUCUUGAAAAAACUAAAUAACAACUUAUGA